CGCCCAUCCAGAUCCACUCCGUCACCAGGCCGCCGCAGACGGCCCGCAGAUCGACCAAUUCUUUAACCUUCCAACGCAGCAUAAUCCAAUCGCACAUGGCGGCGGCUCUUCAGGCGCAGCGCCUCUUCCUGACGGCCUCCACCUCCACCUCCUCCUCGUCGUCGUCGUUCGCUACGCGGCCCCGCCGGACAACCACCGCCGCCGCUCCCUGCCGCGCCGGCCUGCGCGUGCCGUCCGGCGUCCAGACGACAACAGCCGCGUCGACGUCCCGGCCGGCGGACGGCGGCGGCGGAAUCAGGCUGGACUGGAUCGACGCCGCGACGUCCCCCGCCGACCGCAACGCGGUCGAGAAGCUCCGCGCGGUGGCGGAGGCCGCGGCGGACCGCGCCGAGAUGCACGACAUCAUCGGGCGGCAGCGGGACAACUGGAACCACCUGCUGCUGCACUCCACCAACUCGCUGGCGCUGGCGGCCUCCGUGAUGGCCGCGCUGGCGCCAGCCGCGCCGGCCGCCAAGGCAUCCGCGGGGGCGCUCCUGGCCACGGCCGCGGUCACCAUGGCCGUCGCCAACAGGCUCCAGCCGUCGCAGCUCGCCGAGGAGCAGCGCAACGCCACGCGGCUCUGGAAGCAGCUGGAGCGCGACGUCCGCGCCACGCUCCAGCAGGACAAGGAGGCGCAGCGGCAGCCAAAGCAGCUGGGCCAGGCCGACGUGCAGGACGCCGUGGACCGGGUGCUCGCGCUCGACGCUGCCUACCCGCUGCCGCUGCUCCCGGGGAUGCUGGACAAGUUCCCCAAUGCCGUCGAGCCCGCGCGGUGGUGGCCGCGCCGCCGCCCGCACACGCAGCAGCCGAAGAGGAACGCCCGGUCCAGGAGCUUGGGCCGCCGCGGCGGCAUCGGCAACGGCAACGGGUGGAGCCUGGAGCUGGAGGAGGAGAUGCGUGGCCUGCUGCGCGUGCUAAGGGCCAAGGACGAGCAGCAGUACCUGAGGGUGGGGAAGCUGGUGCUGGGCGUCAACCGCGUCCUGGCCGUGGCCGGGCCAGCGCUGGCCGGCACCGGCGCGGUGGCCGCGGCCUUCAUCGGGAGCGGGGACGGCGGCGGCGCCGCCGCCGCCGCUGCCGCCGCGGCGUGCGGCGCGCUGGCUGCCGCGGUCAACACGGUGGAGCACGGCGGGCAGCUGGGCAUGCUGUUCGAGCUGCUGCGCAACUGCGCCGGCUUCUACCGCAAGAUGCAGGAGGACAUCGAGGCGGCGCUGGGCGAGGCCGACGUGGAGCGCCGGGAGGACGGGGAGGUGUUCCGGACCAAGGUGGCGCUGCUGCUGGGCCGCGACGCGUCGGAGCUCGGCCAGUUCAGGCGGAUGGCGUCCGCGUCGGUCAAGGACGACGACAUCAAGGACUACGCCGGGAAACUCUUCUGAUCGAUCGAUGGAUCAAAGUGCACGAGACGAAGAUUAGUAGCAACGCAAAUUAGUGUUCGUAUGUAGUAGGACUACUAAAUAGGCAGGUAGGCUAGAUAGAUAGGGAGAAGAGUUCCAUUCCAUUGAUUCUUUUUUGUAAGUAGCAAUCACCAUUCGUUCGAGAACCGUGAAAUGACACUUGCUUGAUUGAGAUCUACUGUCCUGUUGGUAAGUUUUGAGACGUACGCCUGAUCGUCGUGUCUGUCCUGUUCUGAUUUCUGAACAAACAAGCUGAGUUUAUAUAUACAUAUCGAUAUGUUGCAGAUGGC